UAUAUAUAUAUAUGGUGGAGAGCGACUAAGGAAGAUCAGAUGGACUGGCUAGUUUUUAUGUAAACCUGACACAAGCUGGGGUCAUCUGAGAAGAAAUGCAACUGAGAAAAUGCCCCUGCCAAAUUAGCUUGUGGGUGAGGCCAUGGUGCAUUUUCUUGAUUGAUGAUUGAUAUAGGAGGGUCCAGCUCCCUGUGGGCAGUACCACCCCUGCGCUGGUGGGCCUGGGUACUCCUAAGAAAGCAGAGUAGACAAACCAUUGAGAAACAAACCAAUAAGUAGAGUUCUCUAAUGCCCUUUGCAUCAGUUCCUGCCUUGAAUUCCCACCCUUACUUCACUGAUUGAUGGAUUUCAAGUUGUAAGAUGAAAUAAACUCUUUCCUCUCCAAGCUGCUUCUGGUCGCAGUGUCUCAUGACAGCAGUAGAAACCAUAAGACAGAUGGCAACCUCUGGUCUCCACAUGAGCCUACACACCAUGUGCACACACACACAUGCAGAUACAUAUACACCUCCACACAUAUAACCCUUACACAUAAACUGGGGAGGGGGGAGCUAUUCAAGACAGGGAAAAAUAACAUAAAAAAUCAAAAUUCUUGGCUAGAUACAUAUGGAGAAGACUAUAUUGAAAGGCAUGCAAGAAAUAAGUCACGGAAUGCACUAAUUCCAAGGACAAUUCUAUUAACACUGGGAAAUAUAUUUUCCUUUCUUUCCUUCAUUCCUUCUAUUAUUUCUUGUUUUCAUUUUUCAUGACAAGGUUUCUCUGUGUAGCCAUGGCUGUUGUGGAACUCUCUCUGUAGACCAGGUUGUCCUGGAACUCAGAGGUCUGCCUGACUCUGACAUGGGAUUAAAGGCAUUCACCACCACCACUGGGCUAUAUCUUCUUUCUUUUAAAGACACAGCAACUGUUUCUAAAAUGCUAAUGUCUGAAAACAUCCUCCUGUUUUCCUCCAGUGGAUUCAGUUUCAAGUCUUAGCUUUGAGACUUUAGUAAAUUCACAUACCUUCCUUUGUAACUGGUGAGAAGAGGGUUCUGAUUCACUUUCUCAUAUGUGGGUGGCAAGUUUCUUUAGUGUAGACAACAUUUCUACUACACAUAACCACACCUGUUUUUGCUAAUUGCCUUUCUCCACGUUCAUGCUUCCUAAUGUAACCCCUAUUUUCUAAUUGUCACCAUUCUCAUUUCUGCCAUCUAGAGUAAACACCUUUCGUCUCUCCCUCCCCUCCCUCUUUUGUCCCUCCUUCUCCUCCAACCCCCUUCCCUUCCCUUCCUUCUUUCUUCCUCUCUCUGUCUCUGUCUCUCUCUCUGUCUCUCUCUCUCUCUCUCUCUCUCUCUCUCUCUCUCUCUCUCUCUCUCUCUCUCUCUCUGACAAUGCCUGAUGACAUUGUGACUGAUAAAGGCAGUUGCUGGUGGGGGCUGAACUAAAGGCAGGAGAAAUGGCAUUUUAAAAGGCUUUGUUGCGGGUGAAAAUCUAGAAAGAGGGAGGAAUUUGUGGGCCUGCUUAUAGCAUCUAGAGUGGUCGGGAUCUGGGGAAUAGGGAAGGAAAGAAGAUGCCAGGUGAAAGACUUAAAAGGCCUUCAGAAGUAGCUUCGAGAACACAGGUAGAGGGACCAGCGUUCCAUGGCAGGAGCAGAGAGACGUUGCUGUCUAAUGAAUGGCAAAGAGGAGAAAAGGCAGGCUGUUUUACAGACCUCAUGGUAACAAGAGAGCAUGUCAGAGUUUUCAGGUAGCAGACACUUUGUAAUCUUCCCAGAAUUGGGGAUUCUGUAAAUGAGAAAGAAGGUUAUGGGCAUGGGAAGGGUAGGACAGAAGGUACAUAGGUUUGUGCGUCUUCAGGUAAAGAAAGCCAUAUGUGUUCUUAGCUGGGAAACCAUCACUCCAGCACCUUUAAUUUUACCCCUCACUACAGCAAACAGCUAUAGGUGUAAGCUAUAAGCCGAGUAUUCUUUGAGGUCUCCGGUGUUCUUCAAGGUCACAGACUCUGAAGCUGGAUUGUCUGAGGAUAGCUUUUCUUUUUCUUUCUUCUUUUUUUAUUAUUAACUUGAGUAUUUCUUAUUUACAUUUUGAGUGUUAUUCCCUUUCCCAGUUUCCGGGCAAACAUCCCCCUAAUCCCUCCCCCUCCCCUUCUUUAUGGGUGUUCCCCUUCCCAUCCUCCCCCCAUUGCCGCCCUCCCCCCAACAAUCUAGUUCACUGGGGUUCAGUCUUAGCAGGACCCAGGGCUUCCCCUUCCACUGGUGCUCUUACUAGGAUAUUCAUUGCUACCUAUGAGGUCAGAGUCCAGGGUCAGUCCAUGUAUAGUCUUUAGGUAGUGGCUUAGUCCCUGGAAGCUCUGGUUGCUUGACAUUGUUGUUCAUAAGGGGUCUCGAGCCCCUUCGAGCUCUUCCAGUUCUUUCUCUGGUUCCUUCAAUGGGGUCCUAUUCUCAGUUCAGUGGUUUGCUGCUGGCAUUCGCCUCUGUAUUUGCUGUAUUCUGGCUGUGUCUCUCAGGAGAGAUCUACAGAGGAUAGCUUUUCUAUAGCCUCUCUGCUCGGUGGUCACCAUGCAAAAUGCCUUUCUAAAUCCAUUUUCAAAAUCCGAUUGUGAGGCCACCCUAAGAGAAAAAACAGUGCUCUAGACCGAAGGCAGGUCCAGAAGUCGCACAGUCUGGGCACAGAGCAUCCCCUACCAUUUCUCCUCAGACAAUGAACACAUGACAAAUGAGAACGUCUAAACCCAGAGUCAGAAAAACUGUGUGGCUUCAUUGGAAUGAGGUAUUUCUUAAGCAUAUGGGCUCUUUCUGUGUACAAUGCUCACCAUCCUGUGUGGCUAGUAUUCUGUCAUCCAAACUCUGGGAGGCCUAAGAGUGAUUACCCACUUUCUGCAGGCAGAGAGCUUUGUUUGGUUGUUUGGUUGGUUGUUUUCUGCUUUUGCUUUAAACAGAAGGCUUCCUGGGCCCUCUGAGACCCCACUCCACCUCCAUAUUUGCUGUGGUAUCUGAUGAGACAGGACCUAGAAGCAUCAGCCCCAUGAGGAGAAUGAGUUUUGAGGAGGAAGAUGGGUUUUGAGGAUGGUGGAUCUCUCCUCUGAGGGUGACUUAAUAAUUUCCCUGAUGAGUUCAGAGCAUCCUCUUAGAUAGAUGACACAGCCACUAACCUAGAAACCUAGGGUCCCUUUCAACUGAGAUUCAGACCAAUGGUGGCCACAGCAGAUGGUGGAAGCUACAUCCUUAGGACAGGUUCUGCCAGAUUUGGCCACAAGGAGCCUUCCCUUACAGGUGUCAUGAGAAAUAGAAGGGAGGAAAAUGUCUAUGGGCAGAUACACCUCCAUAGUAUGCCUAUUCCAGGACCGGCUGCUCUUAGAGACAGGUAUCGGUUCUUCCAAAUAUACAGUGAGAGGGAUGGACAAACUGAAAAACAACUGACUUAAUGACUAGGCUUUCUGACAGGGGAAUAUACAGGAGGAAUUCAAGGUUUUCCUGUAGAAACUAAUAAACAACAACAAGGAAAGGAGUCAUGUGCUCCCCUUGGCUCUCCUCAGCAUUGGUACUUAAGGGGCUCCCCCUGCAGGAGGAGCAUCACAUCUCCCUGUCCUCUCCUAAGUCUCUCUCCUCACUGCACCUGAGUCCUCUCUACUGACACCAUGGGUUGCUGUGGUUGUGGAGGUUGUGGUGGCUGUGGUGGCUGCGGUGGCUGCGGUGGCUGUGGUGGCUGUGGCAGCUGUGGCGGCUGUGGCGGCUGCGGUGGCUGUGGCGGGUGUGGCGGCUGCGGUGGCUGCUGCGGUGGCUGCUGUGGUGGCUGCUGUGGCUGUUGCAGGCCUGUGGUCGUCUGCUGCUGCCGCCGCUGCUGCUGCAGCUCCUGCGGCUGUGGCUCCUGUGGCUGUGGCUGUGGCUGUGGGAAGGGAUGUUGUUGCCAGCAGAAGUGUGGCUGCUGCCAGCAGAAGUGUGGCUGCAAGAAGCAGUGCUGCUGCUAGAGUCAGCUGCUCUGCUUCUGCCCAGGAGAAUAGGGGGCCAUACUGUGACCUGCUGCAUUUCCCCCGUCUUCCCUUCAUCCAUCUAUCACCGUCUUAUCUCCUUGUGCCUUGUGAACCUCAAGCUUUGUCUAGCUCUGCAUGCGUCUACCCAGACCACAGGAGACAGAUGCACAACCAAAGACCCGAUCAGGUGAGCUAAUUGGAUGUAGCCAGAGCCAGCUAGGAACCCUGACCUUACAUAGGGCAGGCUCUGUAAGUCUUUAAUCUUUUCUAAGUAUUCAGACUUAUAUUUAGUCGCUUUAAUGUUUUCUGACUGUACUUGGUGCUUUUCACAUUCAUGCCUUAAAUUCCCUAAUAAAAUAACUUGACACGCCUCAAAACUCUCUUCCCGUGUGAUGCUUUCAUCCGCCGCAUUGCCAACUCUCUGUCCCCUGCAUUGCCAGUCUCAUUCUGAUGCCCUCACUCCUGCCUCCUCUUCACACUGGCCCCCGACCACCAACAUGCGUCUCUGCUGGUUAGACAAGAGCAGCCCGUGUGCUGCCGCCCAGGAUAACAUUUCCCCAGUGGUCUCUGUGGCCAAGGGUUGUCCCCUACAUCUUUCUUAAAUAAACAAUGAAGAGUGGGGCUGAAAGGAAGGGGGAUGUGUGCAGCUUUGACCCAGUAGCAUUUGGCAGGGAGUGGGGAGGGGGGUGGGUGGAUGAUGGGUGGGGGUGUCACGUGACUCUGAUCUCAGUUGGUGUCUGUGGAUCACCUCUCUCAUCUGCUGAGUUCACAGGCAAACCUCAUAGGCGAAUCUCAUGAGAGACCUGUAUCUCUUCCCAACCCACCAACUCUCUAUGGUCCUCCAGAAGGUGGAAGCCCGCUUUGAUGUCUAAAUCCCAUGUCGAGCCCAACUCACCAACCAUGCAAUGCACAGGCCCCUCUUCCCUUUUGCAUCCUGACUCUGUACAGUUCAGAAAGGAGGAGAAGGAGUGAAGUUUCCCUGGGCCCUUCUUUCUCCACACAAGUAUCUGUUCUUCCAACAAACCUAAAGAGGCAGGCAGUGGCAGGCAGUGGUGGUACACUCUUUAAUUUCAGCACUCGGGAUACCAAUCUGAGUUUGAGGCCAGUCUGACCUAUAGAGCAAGUUCCAGGACAGCCAGGGCUACCUAGAUUGACCCUGUCUUGAAAAACAAAACAAAACAAAACAACAAAAAGGAGGCUGAGGCUGGAGCAAUAAAGAAACUGAAAGAAUUAGUGAAGUCAGUCUGUUGGAACCCCGGGUUUCUCUUCCUCCAAGCUCUGCCCACGCUGCUUCCUACACCAUUAAGCAUUUGAGUUCGGAACUGUUCCAACUUCUUACUUCCUCCUCCCCAUUUCCCGCCCUCCCAAGUUUCAUGCAUGCGUGUGCUGUCAUGUUGCCCUUCCCUACCCAACCACGUGUCCUUUGGGUCUCUCCCCGUAGUAGAAGCCACACUGUAACUACUUCCUCCUCAUCUCAGAAGAAGUUCGGGGCUCACACGAGUGCACUACUGCUUUUGACUUAGCAGGGUGGGUGGUAUGGGGUGGGGACAGCUGUUAUCGGUACCUCACAGGUGCAUGCUUAAUCUAGAAGAAUAGAUUCUUUUGUUUUCCUUUUGAGACAGACUUUCAUGUAGCCCGGGCUGGCCCCUAACUCCCUGUAUGAAUGAACCUGGACUCCUGAUCCUCUUGCCAUUACUUCCCAAGUACUAGGAUGACAGGGAUGCACCACCACGUCCCAAGAGUCAUCUUUUCCUUUCAAAAUAAUGGCCCUAGGCAUAUGCUCUGCCGCUGAGCUACAUCGACAGCCGUAAGAGUUUCCUUCAACUUGCUCUUCCAGAUUCCAAGGUAGAUGCGUAGGAGACAUUCUUGAGAUGGUGUGACUGUAGCUAGAUUUCAAAGGCAUGGCCCUUCUGUCUCCUAUACCAAAGGCCGUUUAGGGGUGUCGUGAUUUUAGCCGGCAUCCCAUCUUCCUUCCCCUUAAAACCUCCUCUACUUUGGUCUACCCCAGGGAAGUGAUCUCUCUCUUGGUUUCCUUAGUAACAAGUUGUCCCAGUUUUAUUCUUGUUGCUGUGAUAAAAUAUAACAAAAAGCAACUCAGAAGGUUACUUUGGCUCACAAUUCUAGGUGAUAACCUGUUUGAGGGUUUCUCUUGCUGUGGAGAGACACCAUGACCCCGGCAACUCUUAGAGGGGAAAUGGUUCAUUGGGGCUGGCUUACAGUUCAGAGGCUAUCACGUUGCCAUCGUGGUGGGAAGCAUGGCCGCACACAGGCAGCCAGACAGUGGUGGAGGGGGAGCUGAGAGUUCGACAUCCUGUUUGGCAGGUAGCAGGAAGUUCGAAUGAGCUCCUAGGCCUGGCUUGAGUUUCUGAAACCUCAAAGGCAACCCUCAGUGACACACUUCCUCCAACAAGGCCACAUCUCCUAAUAGUGUCACUUCUUAUGAGCUGAUGGGUACCAUUUUCAUUGAAACCACCACACAAGCUAUCAUUGCAGGGGAGUCAAAGUGAAAGGAACUUUGCAACAGUCACAUCACACCCACAGUCAAGAGUGCGAGAGGUGAUGCACUCGGACCUACUACUCAGUUCAUCUUCUCCUGUGCAAUCAGGACAGUCCUCUAACAGACAGGUCCACUGGCCAAUCUGAUCUUGAUGAUUGUUUCCCAGGUGAUGAUUCUAGAGAAAACUAAUUGUCACCACCACUCGAGGUAAUAUAUUGACUUUUAUUACUGUUUCUUAUGCACAAGAAGUGAUACGUGGUUUAUAGAUACUUUGCACACACGAAAAUAUAUGUAUAUAUAAGAUAUGGGUAUGGCUAUGGACACACACACAUAUACAUAUCUAUGUAUACAUAUGUGUGUGUGUCCGAUAUUUUUCCCUGUUCUCUCCCAGUGAUGUGUUUAUCUGUUCAGGGUCUAUAAUGAGUCUCGAGCCCUUGUGCUCUCUCUGAGCUGAGCACUGAGGGUAGAAGAUGGUAAGUGUUGGCUCCUGGCCCUGCCAGGUUCACAACUUGCUGGGAAGACAAGCAAGUGUAAAGUAUUGUGAACAAAAUUUUCAGUAAGACUUAAUGUGUUUGAGCAUUGAGAAUGGCUAUGAAAUUCCACUCCCAUACCCAUUUAGAUGUGCCAUCUUUGAGUUCUUAGUUUAUCCACAGGUCGUGUCAGAUAUAUAGCAUUCCUACCGCAAUGUAUAAUUUACUUGCAGAAGAAGCAUCAACAAUUCAACAACCUAAACGUUGAAUUGACUUUUGUUUCCAGCUUGACUCUCUACUUGCUUUAUCGAAUCAAACUUGAUGCUGUAGGCAAACUGUUUUCUUUAUGAGAUCUACUUGGAAAUACUAACGAUGGCUAAGUUAAGUGGUUAUACCUGCUGUUUUGUAUAUCAACUUGACACAAGCUAGAGUCAUCAGAGAGAAAGGAGCAUUUCCAUUGAGGAAAUGCCUUCAUGAGAUCCAGAUGUAAGACAUUUUCAAAUGUGAGGGGGGAGGGCACACUGUGCCAUUGCUGGGCUGGUAGUUCUGGGUUCUAUAGGAAAGCAGGCUGAGCAAGGCAGGGGAAGCAAACCAGAAAGCAGCACCCUCAAUGCUUCUGCACCCACUCCUGCCUCCGGGUUCCUACUCUGUGAGAGUUUCUGUUCUGACUUCCUUUGGUGAUGAAUGACAGUGUGAAAGUGUAAGCAGAAUAAACCUUUUCCUCCCCAACAUGCUCUUUUGAUCAUGGUGUUUCGUCACAACAAUGGUAACUCUAGCUAAGACAUGGUCUCCCCAGCCCUGUUAUGGGUGUUUUAGAAGUGUUAUUUCCUGAGCGUUUUACAGUGACUCUUUGAAGCAUGUAUUAUCAUUUCUGUCAGAAAAUUAAGGUCUAGGAAGAUUGAGGCAUAGGUGACCAGAGCGGGGAAAGCCAAUUCAUGCAGGACAAUCUUAGACGUUGUCAAAGACCCUUGGCUCCUAAUUCCUUUUCACUUCCUCAUGCCCUGCUUUCCUUUCAAGACACAGUCAAAGCUCUUCUUCAAAAAACGUUCCAGGGGCUGGAGAGAUGGCUCAGUGGUUAAGAGCACUUGCUGCUCUUCCUAGAGGUCCUGAGUUCAAAUCCUGGCAACCACAUGAUGGCUCAACCAUCCAUAAUGGGAUCUGAUGCCCUCUUCUGGUGUGUCUGAAGAUGGCUACAGUGUACUUAUAUAGAAUAAAUAAAUCUUAAAAAAAAAAAAAGCCUCCCAGGGCCAGGUGCAGUGGGCACACAGCUUUAAAUACUGGUAUUGGAAAGGCAGACACAGGCAGAUCUCUGUGAGUUCUAGGCCAGCCAGGGCUGCACAGCGAGUCCCUGCUCCCUGGAAAGACUCUCCCCUCUUAUUAUGUAAUUGGAGGGAAUUUGUCAAUUUAAGUCUUAAUAUUCAUCAGUAAUUUCACCUUGAGGCAACUUCUGCCUUAAUUAAAGUCCACGUCUUUCCUUCCUUCUUUUUCUCUAUUUCUUUUUAUUUUUCCUAUCAGAUUAGAGUAAUUGAAUGCACAUUUCUUGCACUAUCCGUACUAUCUUUCACCGAAUGAAGGUUUGACAAAUCUUUUUGAUUGGCCCUGGUGCUUCCCAAGUGGCUAUCUUUCAAAAUAGAACUGAAACAGGAAGUUGAUUGGCAGGUGCCCAAAAUAGCACCCCUAAUGUAUGCAGAGUAGCGACACCUGACCGCCUUCAGCCGGCAUGCUGCCGGGUUUGAACCAUGAUUUAUAUAGAUGUUUACCCUACUAACAAAUAGGUUGCAUGUUUAGAUAACCAAUGGCAUCCGGUGACCUUGGUAUUAUGGGUUGUCUGACUGGAGGUUGAGAUUUUGGUCUAUGGUCAUCCUGAGAUGAAUUGAUUGCUCACAGGCAGAUAAAUCUGGGCGCAGACACAUUUGAAUGGACUCUGGUCAUCGUCUAAUGUGAUUUUUUUUUAAUUAACUUGAGUAUUUCUUAUUUACAUUUCGAAUGUUGUUCCCUUUCCCAGUUUCCGGGCAAACAUCCCCCUAAUCCCCCUUCUCUUCUUUAUGGGUGUUCCCCUCCCCACCCUUCCCCCAUUGCCGCCCUCCCCGCAACAAUCAAGUUCACUGGGGGUUCAGUCUUAGCAGGACCCAGGGCUUCCCCUUCCACUGGUGCUCUUACUAGGAUAUUCAUUGCUACCUAUGAGGUCAGAGUCCAGGGUCAGUCCAUGUAUAGUCUUUAGGUAGUGGCUUAGUCCCUGGAAGCUCUGGUUGCUUGACAUUGUUGUACUUUUGGGGUCUAGAGCCCCUUCAAGCUCUUCCAGUUCUUUCUCUGAUUCCUUCAACGGAGGACCUAUUCUCAGUUCAGUGGUUUGCUGCUGGCAUGUGAUUUUUAAAGAUGCCUUUGGAUAAUAAAGAUUGAGAGCUGGGGACAUAAUUCAGUUGGCAGAGUGCUAGCUCAGCAUUCCUGAAGCCUUCAGUGUGAUCCUCAGAGAUGCGUUCACACCCAGGCAUGGUGGUUCACACUUGUAUCCCCGCACGCAGGAGACAGGGGAACACGUUCAACCUCAUUCCCAGCUAUAAAGUGAAUUUGAGGCCAGUCUUGUCUGGGCUGUGUGAGACCCUGUCUUAAAAAAAAAGCAAAAUAAAAUUAAUAGAAUCAAAGUUCUUUUUAAGUGCAAUUUAUGUGGUAGUCUGGUUUCAUACACUGAAUAAUUAUAGGGACACCUACACCGUCCUACGAGGGAAGGCAUUGUUAUUAGGAUUAAGCAUCAAAGUUUCAGAUCUCUGGGCAGCCUCUGAGUGUACUGCAUCUUGAUUUCUGUAAUUUCUGUCUGUCUUUUAUUGGCUUUCUAUUACCUGUCAGCUCUGUGAAAUGACUCUAACACACAUCCUCAUGUCACGUUCAUUGAGAUCUGUCCUCUUCUGCUCUUUUUGGAGGGGGUGGAUAUCGUAUUGGCAUACAGGACCCUCUGUUCUUUCCCAUCAGAGAGGCAGAAGAGGAACACCUUUUUUUUUUUUUAAUGAAAGAGCUUUUUCAGCCAUUCACUUCUAAAACACAGAAAAAACACAGAGUUACUAACGGAGGAUAAAAAUUGUAAUUCCAUUUCCCUGUGAGUCUAAUCAAAAGCAGAAUCUGGGAAUGGCAGCUUCACCACUAUCCAGGUACUUGCAACUGACAGAGAAGACAUGGAGGCAGGGGAGCUAGUUGAUAUAAUUCUCUAUACUUUUUUUAACUUGACUUUUGUACAAAUAUAUUUGGAACAUGCAUAUGACCCAUAGAAAUGCACGUUUCCAACUAAUUGCAUGGGAGAUUGGCACAGAAAGAGAGGCAGUAAGUCAUGCACAAAGGAGGACGUGUAAGGUUGGCUCACUUGUUAAAAUUGGAAGAGGGAGCAGGAGCCACAGACUUUAUCCCUUCUUCUAUGACAUCAUUUGCAUGGAAUGACCCACCUUGAGGUCUGCUGAUCUGGGGACUGUCUGAUGUCCGAUUAGAUUUAGAGACAUAGCAAAGUGGGUGUGUCAGGAUUUCUUGGGAUCAAGACUAGGGAACCCUGGCAAGGUCGAUGGUUCAGUGGGUAAAAGAGCUAACUGAACCAGCAUAACGACCAGGGUUGGAAGCCUGUGGGCAUGAGUUUGAUCCCAUGAUCCCCAGGUGCCUUAGCACACAUCUAUAAGCUCAGUACUUCUAUACUGAGAUGGAAAGCAGAGGUUGAAGAACUUUUUGGAAGCCCAUGGGCCACCAAGCCUGUACACUCCACAACAGCAGAAACAAGAGAGACUGCUUCAGCGAGAUAUAAGGUGAGAACUAGCUCUUAAAAGUUGUCUUCUGACCUGUGGCUUGAAUGGGAGUGGCCGCCAUAGACUCGUCUUUGAGUGGCCGCCAUAGACUCGUCUUUUUGAAUGCUUGGCCCACAGGGAGUGACAUUAUUAGGAGCUGUGGCCUUGUUGGAGAAAGUGUGUCACUGUGGGGAUGGACUCUGAGGUUUUACAUGCUCAAGCUAUGCCCAGUAUGGUACACAGUCUACCGCUGCCUGCAGGUCAAGAUGUAGAACUCUCGGCUCUUUUUCCAGCACCAUGUCUGCCUACACACCACCAUGCUUCCCACCAUGACAGCAAAGGACUAGACCUCUGGAACCGUAAGCCAGUCCUGGUUGAAUGUUUUCCUUUAUAAGAGUAGCCCUGGUCAUUGUGUCUCUUCACAGCAACAGAACACUGACUAAGACACCUCAAUGUGUACUUUGGCAUGAGCUUGUUAGCACUCACAACAUCACGACGUGUCACCCACACGCGUGCGCGCGCGCACACACACACACACACACACACUUUUAAAAAAAUUAGAGGGGUUGGGGAUUUAGCUCAGUGGUAGAGCGCUUGCCUAGGAAGCGCAACUCCCUGGGUUCGGUCUCCAGCUCCGAAAAAAAGAACCAAAAAAAAAAAAAAUUAGAGACUAAGGGACCUCCUCAUACAAAUGAAACAAAAAUCAAUGAAGUCCCUUUCAGGUAAAGGAGUCAAACACUGGUGCUUAUGAGAAUGUCCCACUUCUUAGAGAUAUUCUGAGCAAUGUACAUGCUCUCGUGAAGAUAUAAAUAGCAUACGCUAUGCUAUCAAGUUGGAGCCUACAAUUAUAACCCAUUGUAGACUUGUGUCUAAUGCAUGCAAAGUCCCAAAACAAACAACUAAAUCAAAUAAAAGUAAAUAAAUUCCAAGGUAGUAUUUUGAGACAGAGACAAGUUUGGGACAGUGACAUAUUUCCAGGGAGAGGACAGAUAGUGUUUCCAUGUGAGUAGAGUGAUGUCAGGGUAGAAUGCCAUUGACACAGACUUGGCCAGGAGUGUUACAAAUGGCAGCAGACACAAUGCAGUGUGGUGGCUGGGGACUGAGGUGGCCUCCGGGGCUACAGAUAUUUGGCAUGGGACCUCCAGGCAGUACCUGCAGGAGCUGUCCUCUGUCUGGUGCCUCUGCUUCCUCCCUCUCACUCCCUCACUUAAGAAGGGUCAAGAGCAGCCAGUUAGAGAGAUGAAUGAACAGAGUGGUGGAGAGUGCUGUGUUUGCAGACAUUCGGAUCCCUCUGCACACUCCCAGAACGCUGAUUCAUAGGGCGGGAAGACUUUGAGGAAGGUGAGAGAAGGCACACAGCACACAGACAACCUAAAUCCAUCAACUGUUGAAGAACAUAUUUGCCUACUCAGGCUUGGACUGUUCCAGGCCAAAACAUAGCCCCUUCCUUCAACAAACAAACAAACAAACAAACAAACAAACAAACAAACCCAAUUCUUAUUUGGUGUUUCAUAUCCCAAGUCCUGGUUCUCCUGUCAACCGUCUUUCCGAAACACCAGUUUUCACUGACUUCCAAACUUCUCAUACUUCUUCAGCAUGGUACCCAAGGAUUUGUACCUUCCUAGUGUCCCUGUAUUCCUAAGAGUGGGCUUUGUGUUCUCUCCAAGCUGGAUGGUAUGGGGCUGUCCGCCUCUCACCUUUUCCUGUCUCCAGCGGUACUAUAGCACUGACGUGGAGGGUUUGACAGUCCCCAUCAUGAUUUUGUCCUUUUGUCCAUAAAAACUCAAGACUGGCUAUCUCCCCAUUCUGUUAGCAGCAUCCACCCAGUUGCUUAUGGAGGUUCCUCUCUCACCUCUUCCUAUCUUUAUACUUACCUCUUGCCAGACCAAGAGCCUAUGGGUUUGUCAUGCUGUUCUCACAGUGUACCACAGAGCCACUUCCUGCCAUGAGAAAGAUGAUUCAAGACCUACUGAUUACGUGGAACACUUCCCCCAAGUUUGCACAAUGGGGAACUAUUGAGGAACAUUAAAGUAGAUGUCUGUGUGACUUUACAAAAUGAAAAUAGACAAACCCUGGAGUUGGAAACAGAUGCACAUCAGGAGAAGGAAUGGCACAUUCAUCCUGUGAUUCCUGACGCAGUUACUCAAGCACUUUAAUCACAGUGUCUUUACCAUGAAAUAAGGAUAAAAACCUAUCAAAGAGUCAAAGGAAAUGAUGAUCUCCCCAAAUACAAGUGAAUCACCACCAACCGGAAGUCAUCUGGUUGUUAUGCACAGGGGCUCAUCGACAAGACAGAGUGACUAAAACCAGGCAAAUGUAGGUGGUCUCUGCCACGGUAGCGGGACUGACCCUCUUUGUUAUCUUUGUGGUUUGGAGAGUAAUUUUUAGCAGUCACUUCUGACAGAUGUCUUUGCCCCCUCUUGUCUCCUUCCUCCUCCUCCCCUUCCUCUUCUCCCUCCUCCUGUUUUUUCUUUUCUUUAGCUCCAGGACAAUUUUAUUAGCAUUUCUCUGAUGUUGCAAAUCUCUGCAGCCAUGAGGAGGAAGGAGCUGGAGACAGGAGAGAAAGCCUCAUUCUUGAGUUGGGUUUGGAGAUCAACAAGUAGCUCAUGGCUGAUAAGUGCCUUGAGGCGAGGUGAGCGCCUUUCAGGCACCAGGGAAAACAUGAGCGAACUCUGUAAGUCCCGGAAUGAAAGAAUAAUGAAAUGAAAAGAGGGAAGCAAAAAAGAGACUACACUUUUCUGAACUAGGACCUAGAAAAGUGGGUAGCAGCAUGGCAGAGACUCCACUGCUGCUUGAAAAUCUGAGAUAAGGUUGUAUUCGUCAACCCAGGCUGACGGAGACAUUACUGUGUACCUCAGGCUGGCCUAGAACCCGUUUGGUGAUCCUUCUGAGUUAGGCCUCUGAACGUGGUGAUUACAGAUGUGAGCUAAUACAUCUAAGUCACAGCAGUCAUCUUUAAGACUUCUCUCAGAAUAAAAAUUUGCUCAAAGAAUGCCCAGUGUGAUGGUUUGUAUGUGCUUGGCCCGAGGAGGGGCACUAUUUGGAGGUGUGGCCUUGUUGGAGUAGGUGUGGCCUUGUUGGAGUAGGUGUGGCCUUGUUGGAGUAGGUGUGGCCUUGUUGGAGUAGGUGUGGCCUUGUUGGAGUAGGUGUGGCCUUGUUGGAGUAGGUGUGGCCUUGUUGGAGUAGGUGUGGCCUGGUUGGAGUAGAUGUGGCCUGGUUGGAGUAAGUGUAUCACUGUGAGCACAUGGGCUUUGAGACCCUCAUCUUAGCUGCCUAGAAGCCAGUCUUCUCCUAGUAGCCUUCAGAUGAAGAUGUAGAACUCUCCUGCACCAUGCCUGCCUGGACGAUGCCAUGUUCCCAUCUUGAUGAUAAUGGACCAAAACUCUGAGUCUGUAAGCCACGUUGUCCUAAUAAGAGUUGCCUUGGUCAUGGUGUCUGUUCACAUCAGUAAAACCCCAAGACACACAGUGCUACUGACCCAGAUCAUACCUUUAUUCUAAUAGCUAGGCAGGGUUCUCCAGAGAAACAGAAUUAACAGGAUGUCCAAAUGCAAAGGGAGGUUUGUUAAGGGAAUUGGGUAACAUAAUAUAGAGGCCAACAUGUUCAUGUGGCUUUUUCAAGCUGUAGAACCAGAGAAGAUGGUGAUAGGGUUGCAUUUUAUUAAAAACAUGGGAGCCAAUGGUAUAAGAAACACAGGAGCCAAUGGUAUAAGAAACAUGGGAGCCAAUGGUAUAAAAGUUCCAUCAUUCAAAGGCCUGAGGGUCAGUCAUGACAACAUCCAAGGGCAGAAGAAGAUAUAUAUCCCAGUUCAAAAGGAGGAGAAUUAGCUACUAGUCCUUUUGUUCUAUUCUUGUCUUGAAUAGAUUGGAUGGCGUCCUGCCUUAGUCCGUCAUGCUAUAACAGAACUAUAACAGAACGCCUGAGAUGUAAGACUAGGUGACUUAUAAAAAAAACAACAAAGAUUUAUUCCAUCAUAGUCCUUGAGUCUGAGGGAGUCCAAAUAGUCAACUGUCAUCUGUGAGAGACUCUGCCUCGCAUGCAGAAACCAGAAGGGCGAGAAGAGACAGAGCAGACCCCCUACAUGACAGAAAGAGCAAACAGGUCCACAGCCCUCUUCAUCACAGCAUCAGUUCAUGCCGAGCAGGCACCUCUUUGUCAAGAAUCACCCCGGCUGCAGGAACCUGGUAGAACGCAUCAUGCCUUCGCGGUGGUCCUCGUGGCCCACGCUGAGGGCAGCAGAGGCCUCCGGAAUCCAGAUUCACAUCGCAGGAGUAAGAAAUAUCCCAAGCCGAGUGGGGUGUAGUCACAUUGUACACAAGCAUUUCCACCCUUUCAAGUUACCGCGUGUUCUAGCCUAUAGAUAGAAAUAUCUCAGAUCACUGACUGGUGUCUGUGUACGGCACCCCGUACAGCUAUGACAGGGAAGGAAAAAAUAUCUGGGAGGAGCCUAGUUCCAUCCCGUCCUUUACAACAAUAAGGGUUACCCGCAAUGGAGGGAGAGAGCAGGAGAGAGAGGAGACUCAAUGGCUGUUUGCUGGUUUAUAUUAAUAAUGGCUCUUAAAAGAAAAUAAAGGCUAAACAUAGCAAAUCCUUUCGAGUCAGAAGGUUCCUUGAAGGAAGUACACAAGGGUCCACGUGAGGCUUCUGCUGAGGAAGUGGGACUGAUGCCAGGUUUACUUCCUCUCCAGACUGCGUACAUAAGGGGCUCCCCCUGCAGGAGGAGCAUCACAUCUCCCUCUCCUCUCCUGAGUCUCUCUUCUCACUGCACCUGAGUCCUCUCUAACUGACAACAUGGGUUGCUGUGGUUGUGGAGGUUGUGGUGGCUGUGGCAGCUGUGGUGGCUGCGGUGGCUGCGGUGGCUGCGGUGGCUGUGGCGGCUGUGGUGGCUGUGGUGGCUGCGGUGGCUGUGGUGGCUGUGGCGGCUGUGGCAGCUGUGGUGGCUGUGGUGGCUGUGGUGGCUGCUGUGGUGGCUGCUGUGGCUGCUGUGGCUGUUGCAGGCCUGUGGUUGUCUGCUGCUGCCGUCGCACCUGCUGCAGCUCCUGCGGCUGCGGCUCCUGCGGCUGCGGCUGCGGCUGUGGGAAGGGCUGUUGUUGCCAGCAGAAAUGCUGCUGCCAGCAGAAGUGUGGCUGCAAGAAGUGCUGCUGCUAGGCUUACCACAACCCUCUGGCUCUCUCCUGCUCACCCCCUCCUCCCAUCUCUGGCCCUGUCCCACAGGUAACUGCACAGGUGGGUUGUGUCACUCCAUCUGCUCCCAUUUGUCUGUAGGCUACAAUUGUGACCUGAGUCUAUCCACUUUGUAAUAAUUGUACAAGUUAACAAAUAUGCAGCCUUCUCCGUAAGUAAUUCGACACAUUCUAAUCACAACUGUGACAGAAUGCAGUCAAAAUAGUUAGUGAUGUACCUUCUUAAAUCACCCAUUUUUAUAUUGUGUUUACCUCUACAAAGCUUAUCUGUGUACACAAAGCAACUCUGUCUUAAUAAAUUACACUAAACCAACCUCAAAGAUUCAUCUCUUUUGUACCCCACCCCCUAUCUUUCCACUCUCUAAACUUCCCUAGACACAAGAGUUUUAUCUCAGCAGAUAAGGUCAAUCAAUCCCUUGAAAGGGCUGCAGAGACUCCAAGGUGAGGUAAAUGUAUAGAUAAUUGGCCCUUGUGGAUUUGAAAAGAGGGGGAUGUGGGGUGGGGCACUUUGUCACUCUGGUAUUUCAAUGUUAUCAAUGAGAAUGCGCCACAAACCUCUCACUUGACGUGGACCAAAGUCUGAUGCAAAUAUUAGAUCGCCUUCUAAGUGCUCAUGUGCAAGGCCUGACUGAUCUUGAGGAUCCUCGUUUUUGAAGGCUGCUUUCUGCCUACUCCUAUGGCAUGUUGAUCUUACUGUUCCUGGCCUCACUGAAGAGCUCACUGCAAGGGCUCUUUGGGUCUUGUUGCCUUUCUUGUCCAUGGUCUCAGUAUUCAUUACAUACUUCUCAUGGGCCAUCACACAUUACAAAGUCUCUCUAUCAUCUGACUCAUCUAUCCAAGGUCUGAAUGAUGAAGUUGGGGGAUAACUAGGUCAGGUACCAUGGAACUCCUAGGUGCCACUCUGAACCACAGGUCAAUGUCAGUUAUGAUGUAAAAUCAACAGAAGAAUAGAGAACCUCAAAUCACAUGCAGAGGGUGUCAACACACACGAGGCAAUAUGCCCCUCAAAUGCUUCCAUAUUGAAUCUCCCCUCAGGUCCCACUAUCUCCAUGGACUCCAGAUUCCAGCUCUUUGGGGAUUCUUAUGACAAUAGAAAGAGAAUGAAUGGAGUUGGUUGGAGGUCCCAGCAAGCACUAGGUGGUAAGGCUUAAUGAACCAAGGCAAGCUCCUUCAGUAUAUUUCCCAGGAGGACGUUCUCCCAACCUCUCAAGAUCUACUUAGAGUGCCUUCUUGUAAUUCUAAGCAGAGCCUAGGCCAGAGUAGAGACUUACGUGGGAUAUGGCUCACAGAAUGAACAGAACCAAAGGAAAGAAGAGCUUAAUGAACCAAUGCUCCAAGACUCAAGAGGUGCUUGUGGAAAGCUAGCUGCCAUUUCCAGGGGCUGUCAGGGGGGUGCUGAUGGUGUGGGUGAGCCUCUGGACAGUAAGGAGACAGUAUGGGUUGGGUAUCACCUUUGCCUGUCUGUCUCUGAUGCCUUGUCCAUUGAUUCACAGGAUCUCUGAGCCCCUGAUGGCUUCGGAUUAGCCAGAACACUUUAGUUACUGUUACCCUGUAGGAUUCAUUCUUGGACCCUUUGUCUGACUCAUCCUUUCCCCCUGUAUCUCCUCUUGGAAUUGUCUCUUCUCACGGAGCCUGCCAUGAGGAGAGAAGAGGGGGCGGGGAGGAGGGAGAAAGGGACUGAGGC